AGGCAAACAUCGUGAUGAAAUUCAGUUUGCGCAUCUUUCUUAUAUUCAUUGCUUGGCGCUUGUGUCCCGCAGUGCAACUCUUGCCGAACAUGGGAUACUUUAUUGUGGUGCAGCAAUUCGAGUGCGUCGUCAACGAACAAUUCAUUACCAAAGCCAGCUGCGAUGUUGUAACUCCACGCAACAGAAGCAUCAAUGCCGAACUUGUGUUGCUUCAGCCAUUCAAGGCGUUGGGGGGCUCUGUGAAAGUAUCCAUACCGAAGAAGAGAGUCUUCACACAGAUAUUUGACAUCACCUUUGAGCUGUGCAAAGUGCUGCGAGAACGAAAACGCAAAGCGCUGAUCGAUAUUCUUCACAGUCUGGCGAAUAUGGGGAACAAAAACAUUCAUUGCCCUCUUCAUGCGGGACAUUACAAGAUACAGAACGUUACGAUAGCGGACUCAUUGCCUCCGUUGCUCACAGAGUCGCCCUUCUUGCUGCACUUUACUUGGUUCUUGCCACGUGUGGCAACUGUCAUGAAUGUUACAGUUCUUGGGCAUUUAUACGACAUCAGCAGGGAACACAAUAGGAAAAAGAAAUGCAUCAUCAUUGAACCCGAUAAAAAUCUACUGACAGCCGAAAUAGAAUACAAUCGCGAUUUUAAGCAUUAUAAUGCUAGUUUUGCAUUGCAUUUGCCUCAACCGCCGUUUAAUGAAUUCACCAAGCACUUUGAAACGGAGAUUGAUAUUUGCGAGUUCUUUCGCGGAUCGUAUAAGAACAAGAACUUUAUUGGACCCGCCUACAAAAGCAUGACAAGGAUUAGCAAUAUGCCUAAAGGAUGUCCACAGCGAAAGGGUUUCUACUACUAUCGCAACAUGAGCAUUGCAGAUAAUAUUCCAGCGUUUUUACCAAGGAAUCCCAUCAAAAUCACACUGGAUUUCUAUUUGCUCAAAACUCCGAUUUUAAAUGUGACUCUAGUCGGACGUCUGGCAUAUACUACCAAGCACAAAAAGAAGCCUUAA